UACGUUGCAACUUUCGUUUCUUUUCUUCUCUCAGCUGAUCUUUGGAAAUCGAAACAGAGUUCACUGUUUCCUGCAAAAACGCGUCAUGAAGUAGCCGCUCCCCGCACUGCCUUUACGCCAUAAAUACCCUUUCUGCUCCGCUUGAAGCUGCUUCCGCGUUAUCUUUGGUACAGAAGGAUGAAGUGAAGUUGUUGUUUUAAUAUAGUUGCUUCUCUUAUAGGCAGGGCUCUUCACAGCAUAAAUAUGAGGAAGUUGUGUGUGUGUAUAUCCAAACAGCUACAUGGAAACAAGAUUGUAAUGAUGACGAAUAGAUUUUUCUCUUAAAGGGCUUUGAAUAAGUUCACUAAAUUUCCAGGAUGGCUGAAAGGAGUGCUGUGGAAGAGAAUUAUAGACCAGAAAUAUUACAUUCAACUGAACUUCCUGCAGAAAUUAAGGAUUGGGAUAAAGAACAUGUGAGAAACUGGAUUCUCGGGUUAACGGAUGUGGAUAAUGAAAAUGCAGAGAUUCUGUAUAAGCAGGACAUUAAUGGAAAAAGUCUUCUAUUACUGGAGAAAGCUGAUCUUAAGGAUAUAGGGAUAAAGACAGGACCAGCACUACUGAUUAUUCACAAGAGAGAUGAAUUGAAAGCUCACCAGUUGAACAGCUCAGGAAGCCAGCUUGGUAUUUCAUGUAAGCCCUAUCCUUUUAACCGAUUCCAUGCUGCCUACAGAUACAAAGAAAACAGUAUACUUGAUAUACCAGAAACAGGUCCUCUCAACUACAUAGAACCAUGUCAUGAGUACAAAGCAUUUAUUAAUUUCCAAAAUGUGACAACAGAGGACAAGCUAAAAAAGUUCACAAAUGAAGUUCUUAGAUUUGCUUCUGCUUGCAUGAACAGUCGUACUAAUGGUACAAUUCAUUUUGGAGUUGGUGAUUUACCAGACUGGAAGCAUGGACAGAUUUUGGGUGCUUGUGUCGAAGACAAAGAAGCAUUUGAUAAGAAACUAGCAGAAGUGAUUAAACUGCAAUUUGAUCAUAAGCACACUGAUGUGGCAAGAAAAUGUAUUAAAUCACCAAGGUUUGUUGAGGUUCUUCAAGCAGAUAUGACGUUCUCAGGAAAAUAUGUCAUAGAAGUAGAUGUUGAACCAUCUUUUUUGGUUUGUAAAGACAGCUUCUUUCACAUCCACAAUGUAGACUCAAGAAAAACAAAAAAAUCUAAAAUCACAGCUGAUGAGAAGGGUAGUGGUAAAUUGUUUUACAUUCGAGAGAACAGCAGUAGCAAAACUCUUCUUGUCCAAACUCUUUCCCCAAAGUCCUUAGACGAGUACAACAAGUAUGUUGAUAAUAUAGCACAUCUGUCUAAUUUGAGGAAGGAAGCUGAGGAAAAACACCUCACUGAUGUUAAACAUAGUGUGCAGGGUUCUAAGCUCUGUGAAAUGCUAACAGGAGGCUCACGGUCUUUGGACAAAUCUCACUUUGAGCGAUACGUAUUAGUCAUUAACAAAUCCCAUCCAGUUCAAAGCGAAUCUCUAGCAUUUCUUCUGGACAUGAACCUAACUGCUGUUUUGGACUUUGAUCCAGAGUCUGCUGAGACUGGCUUGAAGAAGUUAUUUGCUGAGAGAAACACAAAUGUUCAUUUGCCUAUGCAGUAUAAAAUCACAGAGCCGGUUGAGGACAUUGCAAGUAAGCUGAAGCUGACCAGGGCCGCAAGCUGGGUUUUCUGUAAUGGAGGAGUAAAAGAUGAACCGCCCUCUGAUGUAGAUUCCUGGCUAACUGAGAAAGGUUCCUCUGUUCGUGAUGUUGUGUCAUUUCUCUGCCGAAAGGAUGUGCUGCCUCCCAAAAAAUUUCUUAUCAUAUUCAUUCUGUUGAGUGAUGUUACUGACAAGCAUGAUCCUCUCCUUGAGACCUUCAGUAUGUUUUUGCAGGAGCUGCAAGGUACAGAGCAAAUUCUAUGCAUAUGUGAAAAUGAAAGCGCAUACAAUUACUGGAAAGAUCUCGUUCAAACACGAUAUGGAAAAGACAUAUCUAGAAGAAGCAUUUAUGAGCUCAGUUUUGCAGAGAUUAAUGGUACUGUUCUCAGUCUGUGGUCAGAAAAUCGCAAAUCAAGCAGAUUUUUGCCUGGUGUUCAUGGUAAGGUUUUAUUACCAAAGAAAGUGGAGGGCAGCUUGGAUACACUGAAUAUUCUAUGUGUAAACCAAUGUGAGGGAGGUAAUGAAGACAAACUGCAACUGGAGGAAACUUUUUACAAAGGAGGAAAGGUGUCCUGGUGGAACUUCUACUUUUCAGAGCAGCCAGGAUCAAUGCCAUUUAUCAAACGAGACAGGCUUGACUACAUCACUCAGACUGUUAUUCCAGAUAUCUGCUCCCUCAGGCAAACUUGUGUUCGCUUCAACAUACUCCACAUUCCUGGUUGUGGAGGAACUACUCUGGCUAUGCAUGUUUUGUGGACAUUAAAAGAGAAAUUCCGUUGUGCAGUCCUGAAAAAAGAUGUAAAAGAUGUUGGUUAUGAAGAGGUAGCACAACAGGUAGUUAACUUGUUGACCUAUGAGACAAUGGAGCAGCAAAACCGGCUUUCAGUGCUGCUCCUGAUAGAUGACUUUGAAGACUUUGAUUCUGUAAAUGAUCUCCAGCAACACAUUGAAAAUGAAUGUCAGAAGAAAAAUGUAUCUGCCAAGUCUCCCCAAGUCAUCCUUCUGAAUUGUAUGAGGACUGACUCACAGGAGCACCCUGAAGCAACAGAUGACACAGUUUUCAUCGGGAACAAACUAUCUGAGCUUGAACAAAAAUUGUUUGAGAAAAAGCUUGAGGAAAUUGAAAAGAUUUACAAAAAUGCUGAAACAUUCUAUGGUUUCAUGAUCCUGAAGAAAGACUUUUCUCCAGAGUACAUACAGGGUGUUGUGAAAAAUACACUGAAGGACUUCAACUUUAAAAAGAAAGAUGCUCAACUCCUUGCAGUUCUAGUACUCUUGAAUUGCUACUGCAAGAAUGCAAAAAUGUCAGUCUCUAUAUGUGAAGAAUUUCUUGGUCUGUCAACAAGGCCAGACUUGACUUCAUGCAAGGUUGAAGAUGCAUUUGGGAAGUAUUCCACAUUUGUAACACGAUGCACAGCAGAGUCUAGUGUGGAGUUUCAGGCUAUGAGAGUGAUCCACUCAAGUAUGGCAGAGCACUGUUUAAAGGAACUUGCAACUACUUUUAAUGUAUUCCAAGCAGACAUCACUGACUUCCUAUUGACAACAGAUGUGUUUUACAGUUGCAUUCAGGGAAAGGAAAAGCUCAUGCAGGACAUUCACAAUAUUUUGGUGAAAAGACAUUACUCGGCUGAGAAUCUCCAAGGAGACUUUAAAUUUUCACCACUUAUCCAAGCCAUUGCAAAGGACACUCCAGGGUGUGAGCAAAAUAUUUUGCUUAGUGCUGCUCAACGCUUUGAAAAAGAUGCAGUAAUAUGCCAGCUCCUUUCCAGGUACUACUAUCUGAUGAAAAAAGACUUUCGAGAGGCAACGGUUUGGGCAAAGAAGGCAAAAGACCUCCAGAGGGAUAACUCCUACAUUUGUGAUACCUCUGCACAAGUAAUUAAGCAUGAACUGAAAGAUGCUAUGAACAAUGACAAUCCAAUAAACUCGAACAAAUUGAACGAAUACCUCAAAAUGGCUGAGUCUGCAACAUUGGCUUUCAAAGAAGUACAACAAAUUGCUUUAAAAGAGGUUUCACUUUCAUAUCAAACAAAAAAAGACUUUCGGACCUAUAAUAUUGCUGGUCGUCUUGGGGAGCUUCAAGUUGCUGUUAUGGUGAUAAAGGUACUGGAAAAGAUCCCAGUGUUUUCCUAUGAUCUUGCUCGUUACAUGAGUCAGGUUCUCUCAGAUGAAAUAAAAAUACCAGACAUGAAAUUAAAUGACCCCAACCGGCACAAGAAUGCAGCCUAUUACCAGUGUCUACAGAAUUUUCCAGACCUUCUGUAUAAACUCAAAGACAACAUGAAGCAGCAAUUUGAUUUUUUUGACAGACAUUUUGUCAACUUGUGCUCAUAUCACUUUCAAAAUGACAACAGAGGGAUCGGGACACAAGAGAUUUUCAAGUGCUUUCAGAGGUAUGUUGACCUCUUUUGCAGUUCAGAUUUGAAGAAAACGGACAAAACUAAGAAAACACAACAGUGGCUGGAAAAGACCGAUGCUGAUUCCUACAGUGGACUGCUUAAAUUUCUUUCCAAAGAAGACAACAAAUCACAAAAAACAGCAGAAAAGAUUGAACACAUUGUCGAGCUCUACAAGAAACUACCACGAAGGUCCUUAGAUGACACAAUAAACUUAAUUUAUGCAAAUAUUGUUCUAAGUAAAAUUAGACCUGAAUCUCGGUUUCUCCUGCCCUACAAGGAUCUUUGUAAACUUCUCUGUGACACACUUAAAUGUAGUGUCUCUCUCAUGCACAGCUUACCAUUGUAUUUUAUUGCAGUGAUGAUGCUUUGGCCAGAGACCGAUUCUAAAUUGUCUGCAGAAGAUUUCAGUGACAGCUUGAGAACUUAUGUGUCACUGAUGAGAAGUUCUUUUACAAAGGAAAUGAAACCAGUAUGCAACGGCAUGAGAGCAGUUAUUCAUUUUUACCUGGGAAAGAGAACAGGUUAUGAUCGUCUGAUCACUCAGAUGGACAUUGAUACAUGUGUGGACUCACAGCAGACAAUGUCAGGGAAACUGCGAAAUGGAAAGAUAUGGAAGAACGAGAAAGUCCAAAAUAUGCUCCACAGAGUCACUGGAAGGAUUUUGAAAGAUGUCAUUAUGACAGAUGCAUCAAAUCCAAACAUGCAGGUUGAAGUAUCUCCAUUGUUUAAAAGUCAGUUGUGUGGAGAUCUGGGUGACAGAGUAUCAUUUUUUGUUGGAUUUUCCAUGAAUGGACCAGUUGCACUUGGCAUUCAGCCCGAGCCAUGAAUUUUCUGAUUGACUUUGAAACCCAGACUUUGGAAUUCAUGUUUAUGAUGACAAAAACAUCUAAACAAGUAGAUACCAACCUACAGAAACAUGUACACCAGGUAAAAAUACAACCACCACCAGUUGUUAAACAUCAGUGCAUCAUUUUAGAUCUGAACCCAUCACAUCAUCAACAGGUUUAAUUUUACAGAUCUAUAUCCUAUGUUGUAACUAAACAGAUUAAAGCUUGUGUAGCUGACUAAUUGCAGGAGAGUUAAGGCCUGUUAAGAAGCCUAGUUAGUUUAUUCAAUUUAUUUUUGCUUUUGAAGUGUUCUAGUGGCUUGUGUAAUACUAAUCAAUAUGUUCAUGGUAAUUAGCAUGUUAAUACCUUAGCAAUACAUUACUGAUGGAACAGAUUCUAUGAUUGCUUAUUAAUUUCUGGGUUACUAGACCAAUAACUGAAAUGUGAUGUCAUAAAAGUAGAAGUAAAACUUUUCAAUUUAUUUUUUUAGACCCUGUACUGUUUUUAUGCUAUAAAACAAUUCAUUUAAAUUUUUUUUGUAUUUUUUCCUCUCCCCCUUUUUUUAUCCUUACAUCUUUUGUAUAAACAGUGUCUGUU